AUGGAUGAUGUACAUAUGGCUGAAGAUAAUAGUGAAGAAGAACAUGUUCAUGUAGCACCAUCAACGACUACAUUAACACCAACAUCAUCUCGAAGAGUGAGAAUAAAAAAAAGAAUUUUUCGUACAAAGUGGUUAUUGAUUAACGAAUAUUCAUCAUGGUUACAAGAAAUAAAGCACGAUUCAACAAAAGCUCGUUGUAAAGCUUGUCUUAAAACGUUUUCCGUUGAUUGUGACGGGAUCUCAGCUGUCGAGAAACACUUGAAUAGUAAUACACAUAAAAAAUAUAUGGAUUUAUUUUGAAAGAAUUCUUCACUGGUAUUAUUUAUAGCUCUAGAACAUGAAUUAGAUAAAAUUUCAGCAGCUGAAUGUGCAUUCGUCUUUCAUGGAGUUAAACAUGGGCAUUAGCUACAGAUCUCAGAAAUGUACAACUGAUUUAGCACGAUCGAUAUUUGUAUCAUUACCAAUAGCAAAGUCCAGGUCAUGAGGUAAAACCAAAGCACGAUUCACUGCGUGGAAUAUUCUUGGUCCUUUUUUUACAAAACAAAUUAUUAAUCAUGUAUUAGCAGCACGAUUUUAACCUGUAUAGUAUGUAUGCGGGCUCUUUUGUUCCUUUUUUCGUAGACCAGCUUCUAAUUCAGGGAAAAUGUUCGACAUUAAGUAUCUUUUGUUGUUUGCUUUGUAUUAGUUAAACGAUAUAUUGAUAGCAAUGUCUUUCUUUAUAGUAAAAUACCUUUGAAAAUAAAGUAUGAAUCAAUGAAUGGAUAUCCAGAAGAGUAUUGGGUGCCAGAAUAUUAGCAUAAUAUCCAUUAAUUUGCACAAAUUGCCUUUCUGAUUAAUUUCUGAUUUUGCAAAAAAAAACUUUCUGAUCAUUUCAGAAUUUGAAAAAAGUUCUGAUUUUCAACUUUUUGAUCUGGCCACCCUGGUGUGGGGCGUGCGUGUGGGUGGGUGGGUGUUGGUGUGGUUGUCGGGUGUGGGUGGUGGUGUGAGUGUUGGUGAAUGUGGGUGUGUGGGUGUGCGUGUGGUUGUCAGGGGUGGGUGUGAGUGUGGUUGUCGGGUGUGGGUGUGGGUGAGGUGUGAGUGUGGAUGGAUGUGGGUGCGUGGGUGUGGAUGUGUGGGUGUGGGGCGUGGGUGUGGGGCGUGGGUGUGGGGUGUGGGUGUCGGUGUGGUUGUCGCGGGUGGGUGUGGG